AUGAUGCGAUGCUUUGCACCUCUGGUUGUGGUAGAUACUUACUCACGAUACUUGCAUGUAGUAGAGAUCAAAAACACAGAUGCGAACAGCACUAACGCAGCAUUAAGUAGAAUCUUCGAAGUAUGGGGUUAUCCCAUCGCCAUUCACAGCGACAACGGACCACCUUUUCAAGGGGAAAAGUUUGUUAAGACCUGGGAAGACAGAGGUGUCAAAAUCAGGAAAGCAAUCCCUCUAAGCGCUCAGUCAAACGGAGCGGUUGAGCGUCAAAACAAAGGACUCAAAGAUGCCCUAACAGCUGCCAAAAUGGACAACGUCAAUUGGAAACUUGCUCUUGAGCAGUAUUUGUAUAUGCACAACAAGGUACGACCACUGUCAAGACUCGGUGUCACGCCUUUCGAACUUCUUGUGGGAUGGAGGUUUCGUGGGACGUUUCCGUUUUUGUGGGAAUCACUUUCGGCAGAUCAAGUUGACCGCACAGACAUUCGAGAAAAGGACGCUACGUCCAAGCUCGACAGUAAGCAGUACGCAGAUUUAACCAGAGGGGCAAAAGAGUCGGAAAUAAAGGUUGGAGAUAAGGUUGUUCUGGCAAAACAUCAGAGGCAAAAAGGAGACCCAACGUUUGCGGAAGAUCGCUACACAGUUUUGACAAGAGAAGGUGCAAAAGUCGUGAUAAUAAGUAACAGAGGUGUACAAUACUCAAGAAAUGUACAAGAUAUCAAGAAGGUUCCCAUUACGGUGGCAGAGAGUCAGACAAAUGUUGACUAUGGCGCAAACAGCGACGAUACAUUUUCAUCAACUGUUCAACUACCAGAUCAUUCUUCAGAUGUUGAAGAAGGAACUGAAGAAGAAUCGAGACGACCAAAUCGAGUAAGGAGGAUGCCUUCUCGUUUUAACGAAAUGAUUCUAUUUACCGUAUUUGACUAA